GGUUGUUGCCACUGCUUCGUAUCCGUCGGGAUCCAUAGCUCCGCAUCUUUACUCGUACCAAUCUCCGGAAUCUCUCGAAAAAGCAAAAGAUUCAAGAAUUAUGGCAACAUUAGAGGACGGAGAUUUGGCGACGAAGAAUAACAAAAACCAGAAGCCAAAGCACAAAGGAAAACACGACAAGCCAAAACCAUGGGACGAAGAUCCAAACAUAGACCAUUGGAAAAUUGAAAAAUUCGAUCCUUCAUGGAACGAAGGCGGCUUACUCGAAGUCAGCUCCUUCUCUACUCUUUUUCCUCAGUACAGAGAGAAAUAUUUGCAAGAGGUAUGGCCUAUGGUGAAAUCUUCUUUAAAGGGGCACGGUAUCGCGUGCGAGCUUAACCUGGUUGAGGGGUCGAUGACGGUUUCGACUACUAGAAAAACUAGAGAUCCUUAUAUGAUUGUUAAAGCUAGGGAUCUUAUUAAGCUUCUAUCGAGGAGUGUUCCUGCACCUCAGGCUAUCAAAAUUUUGAAUGAUGAAGUGCAAUGCGAUAUCAUCAAGAUUGGUAGCUUGGUUCGGAAUAAGGAGCGAUUUGUUAAAAGAAGACAGCAUCUUGUUGGACCAAAUUCUUCCACUUUAAAGGCACUUGAGAUUUUGACAGGCUGCUACAUUUUGGUUCAGGGGAACACUGUGGCAGCGAUGGGAUCAUUUAAAGGUUUAAAACAAGUUAGAAAGAUUGUGGAUGACUGCAUCCAAAACAAAAUGCAUCCAGUUUACCAUAUCAAGAUUCUAAUGAUGAAGAAAGAGCUUGAAAAGGAUCCAGCAUUAAAAAAUGAGAUCUGGGACAGAUUCCUUCCGAAGUUUAAUAAGAGAAAUGUCAAACAAAAGAAGCCCAAGAGCAAAGAAAAGAAACCAUAUACACCAUUCCCUCCUGAACAACAACCUAGAAAGGUUGAUUUAGAACUGGAAACUGGGGAAUACUUUAUGAACACCCAGAAGAAAGAAGCAAAGAAAUGGCAAGAGAAACAGCAGAAGCAAGCAGAAAAAACAGCUGAAAACAAAAGAAAACGAGAUGCUUCUUUUAUUCCUCCGGAGGAACCCAAAGAGCGGGAUGUGGGUAAAUCUGAGGAUAAAAAUAAUGAUGUGGCCUCCAUUGCCAUGUCUAUCAAGAAAAAAGCAAAGGAUUUUGGGAACAAAAAAGCUGUUGAGAAUGUUAAUGCAGAGGAAUAUAUUGCUGGAUCAGAAAAAAAACAAUCCAAGAAAAAGAUCAAAGCAUGUUUAGUACAGAAGUUCAUACUGAUGUGAGAAAAAAAUGUUUUUGAUCUUUGAUCUGCAUUUGCAGUGUUGUAUCGUUGUAUGACUUGCUACUGAAAUGAUGAUUUUUUAAAUGACA